AUGUUCAACCGUCAGCACCCAGAGACCGGAGAACCUGAUGAUAGGUAUCUCAUUGCGCAGUUCGCCGCUAUCCUGGGCCCACCACCUGUCGAGUUCUGGAGCCAGAGCAAACUAUGUCAGGCGUUUUGGGAUGAAAAUGGUUUGUCGACUUCCACAGCAACAGUCUCAUUCUCUCUCCCUAUAAGUACUGACGAAAUCAUAUUCGGAACAGGGAACUGGAAAAAUGUGGUUCCUCUCCCAGAGAUAUCUCUUGAGGGGCUAGCUGCAGAUAUUGAGGGUGAAGAUGUGCCAGGCUUUCUACGCUUUCUGCGGAGGAUCCUCCGCUGGCUCCCCGAGCAGCGUCCGACGACCGAGGAGCUGAUCCACGAUCCAUGGUUGCUAGCGGGUCUUGGAAGUGGAAGCCAGGGACAAAUCAAAGCUGACAAAGACUCUCUGCCUGUGAGCUGA